CUCGUCUCGUCUCGCCGCUGCUGUCACUCUCAGCUCGCUCCCCCCUUCUUGUUCAGCUUUCUUUUUUUAUCUAACAUCCACCAUGAGGGAGAUCGUCCACAUCCAAGCCGGCCAAUGCGGUAACCAAAUCGGUGCCAAGUUUGUGUGUGCAGUUCUGGGAAGUGAUCAGUGACGAGCACGGCAUCGACCCAACAGGGACCUACCAUGGAGACAGUGACCUGCAGCUGGACAGGAUCAGUGUCUACUACAACGAGGCCACAGGCUCCAACACACCUGACUACCCUAGUUUGACUGGAGAAUCGUGUUGAAUGGUCAUUGAUUCUGAAUCGAACCAUCACCCGAAGAAUCAGAUUGAAUUGGGGUAAAUAUGUUCCCCGUGCCAUCCUGGUGGACUUGGAGCCAGGCACCAUGGACUCUGUGAGGUCCGGACCUUUUGGCCAGAUCUUCAGGCCUGACAAUUUUGUGUUUGGUCAGAGCGGUGCUGGAAACAACUGGGCCAAAGGUCACUACACAGAGGGCGCCGAGUUGGUGGACUCUGUCCUGGAUGUGGUGCGCAAAGAGUCCGAGAGCUGCGACUGCCUCCAGGGCUUCCAGCUCACACACUCUCUGGGCGGAGGAACUGGGUCGGGUAUGGGAACGCUGCUCAUUAGCAAGAUCAGAGAGGAGUACCCCGAUAGGAUCAUGAACACUUUUAGCGUGGUGCCUUCACCCAAGGUGUCAGACACAGUGGUGGAGCCCUACAACGCCACUCUCUCGGUCCAUCAGCUGGUGGAGAACACAGACGAAACCUACUGCAUCGACAACGAGGCACUUUACGACAUCUGCUUCCGCACACUCAAACUGACCACGCCCACUUACGGAGACCUCAACCACCUGGUGUCGGCCACCAUGAGCGGCGUCACCACCUGCCUGCGCUUCCCAGGCCAGCUCAACGCCGACCUGCGCAAACUUGCCGUCAACAUGGUGCCUUUCCCCCGUCUGCACUUCUUCAUGCCCGGCUUCGCUCCCCUGACCAGCAGGGGGAGCCAACAGUACCGCGCUCUCACCGUCCCCGAGCUCACCCAGCAGGUGUUCGACGCCAAAAACAUGAUGGCGGCGUGCGACCCGCGCCACGGCCGCUACCUCACGGUGGCUGCCGUCUUCCGCGGACGCAUGUCCAUGAAGGAGGUGGACGAGCAGAUGCUGAACGUGCAGAACAAGAACAGCAGCUACUUUGUGGAAUGGAUCCCCAACAACGUCAAGACGGCCGUGUGUGACAUUCCCCCCCGCGGCCUCAAGAUGGCCGUCACCUUCAUCGGCAACAGCACCGCCAUCCAGGAGCUGUUCAAGCGCAUCUCCGAGCAGUUCACCGCCAUGUUCCGCCGCAAGGCUUUCUUGCAUUGGUACACGGGCGAAGGCAUGGAUGAGAUGGAGUUCACCGAGGCCGAGAGCAACAUGAAUGACCUGGUCUCAGAGUACCAACAGUACCAGGAUGCCACCGCCGAGGAGGAGGGCGAGUUUGAGGAGGAUGCUGACGAAGAUGCUUGAUGAGACGACGAGGUGCCACUACUCUUGUAACGAAGGAGCCAGCGUAGUAUCAGCCUUGCUAGUGUCCACUUUUAGACAACAAGUUAGAUUUCUCACGUCAUUCUUCUCCAAUAAAAGCUGUCAAACCACAAA